AUGGCUCGGGCAAAGCCAACAGCGAGGCGUCGUGCCCCACCCUCUCGCGUUCACUUACAAGUUGGAACCGAUGAUCUGAUACCGGCACCUUUGGUGGAACGCUUCGUGAAGAUUGCGACCUCUGAGAAGGAAUCUUCACCGCAAAGCCCCGAGCCCCCUACCAAGCGGCGCAAGCUGGAUACGUCUAUAUUGGUUGCAAAAACCAAGCUUACUGUGACCCGACAAUGCACAGCUUCUUCCCAAAUAUCUGUUUCUUGCAAGGGAGUUGAGAAGCUAAUGAGUGUUCAUCUAAGAGACACUCGGCUCUCCUUUUUCUCAUCCGAAGGCUGCCCAGUCGACCCUUUCCGCGCGACCAUCAAUCUCCGAAGACUGGAAAUAGACAACCACUUACAAAUUCUAAGCAAUUUAUUCCAAAGCUCCAAACUAUCUCGGCCUAACGAACUAUGGACUACAGUCGACAUGAAACUUGAGUGGCGGGAAAGGCAGGUUAAGAUGUCGUUUUCCUACAACUUUUACUGGAACGAUUCUCCGUCACUUGACUCGCACCAUAGACCAGCCGCGGAUCGCAAAGAGAGCCAGAAGCUCAUCAACUUUAUAUUGCGUGGUUCCCCCUCUGCUGGUCCGCCUCUUUGGUCAGGAUGGUCUCCUAUGGACUUUUACGAUGCUGCUUUUGUCCCUCCAAAGGAUGAUAAAGUAGCGGAGACUAUUCACAUCGCUGCCAUGAAGUCAACAUUGUUCCCGUAUCAAAAAAGGUCGUUACAAUGGCUUUUGCAGCGCGAAGGCGUGCAGUGGUCUGAAUCAACCGGCGGCCUUGUCCCAUACAUAGCUAGCGAUCGAGAGGCUGUCUACGACUUCGAGAAAUUUGCAGACCUGAAUGGGGAAGAAUACUACUUGAGCGAAACACUUCAUACAGCUACUAGAGAUCUGGCACUAUUUCGAGAAGCGGAGGCCUCGAUCAAAGGCGGCAUUCUGGCGGAAGAGAUGGGACUAGGCAAAACCCUGGAGGUUAUCGGCCUAAUCAUGCUUCAUGCAAGAUCACGGCCUCUGGUGCAGAGUACCGAUGAGGCCCAAGCCAAACUCACGCCGACUGGUGCUACAUUAAUUGUGACACCCCCAUCGUUAAGAGAUCAGUGGGUAUCUGAGAUUAGUCGGCACGCCCCUAGCUUGAGCGUCGAAGUUUAUGAAGGCCGGAAAAAGAUCUCAGACGAUGAUGAAGAGCAUAUUAUUAACGAGCUUGCUGGUCACGAUAUAGUCAUUACAACUUACUCAGUGCUAUCUUCCGAGGUUCAUUAUACUACUGCGCCCCCAGAGCGCUCGCGGCGGCAUGCUCGAGUGUACCAGCGACCGAUCUCCCCUCUUACCCAGAUUUCAUGGUGGCGGAUAUGCCUGGAUGAGGCACAAAUGAUUGAAAAUGGCUACAGCCAGGCGGCUAAAGUGGCUCGUGUCAUUCCCAGAGUCAACGCUUGGGGCAUCACUGGUACUCCUGUAAAGAACAGCGUUGAAGACCUUCAAGGGCUACUGUUGUUCUUGCAAUAUGAGCCAUACUGUUAUACGAAAAGUGAUUGGGACCAUCUACGUUGGAACAAGUCUGGAUUUCAGCGUUUAUUCAACAAGAUUGCUCUCCGACACACAAAAUCAAUGGUAAGAGAUGAGUUGGUUCUACCUUCCCAGAAACGUUUUGUCAUCAGUAUGCCUUUCACAGCUGUCGAGGAGCAACACUACCAGUCUAUCUACCGGGAUAUGGCAGAAGCUUGCGCUUUGAGCCUUGACGGAGAACCGCUUGUGGAAGACUGGAAGCCGGGUGAUCAUGCAGCAAACAUGAGAACUUGGUUGGUGCGGCUAAGACAAACUGCACUGCAUCCCGAAGUUGGAAGCUACAACCGCCGAAUACUUGGCCACAACAAGAACCGGCCGAUGAGAACUGUUGAAGAGGUCUUGGAUGCAAUGCUCGAACAGAGCGAAAGCGCCAUUCGAGUGGACGAGAGGGCUUAUUUGUCAAGUCAGCUCACACGAGGCCAGCUGUACGAAAAUAGCCCACGAGUCAAAGAGGCUUUGGAAAUAUGGAAAUUGGUUCGCGAGAAGACUCGAGAACUCGUUUCUGAAGCACGAGCAGAGCUUCAAGCUCUGCUGAUGGACAGGGGAGGUGGAGGUUCUGCAGCCGCCAACGCCGAUGACCUUGGUAUGGAGUCGGAAGAUGAUGAAGAAGUUGAGGGUAAGGGACAACUAAACGAGAGUCGGCGGCGACUCCGAUCUGCAUUGGAGAUGGAGCAUAGAGCUGUAUUCUUCUGCGCGAACGCAUACUUUCAAAUUCGAGAGAACCCAGAAAUGGUUGAGCCGGAUUCCGAACAGUUUUAUCAAAUGAAGAAGCUUGAGGAUGAUGGUUAUGAAGAAGCGAAAGUCAUCCGAAGAGAGAUUCUACGCGAGUCUCACCGCAGAGCAACUCGAUCGAUGACCAAGCUGGCACAAAAGGCAUCUGAGCAAUCUUUCGUCGAGAUCCCGGACCUCACAGUCAGCGACGAACGGGGUAUCGAGAGCCGCCGCAUCAUCGAUGACCUGGAGACAUUGUGCGGCGAGCUAAACGAUCAAGCUAAUCUAAUUGACGAGUGGAGGGAGCAUAUUAUCGGGUUACUCCUGAAACCCCUGGUUGAUGAAGAAGGCGACGCUGAAACAACCGGCGAAGAAUAUGGCGAGUCAGCUGAGAUUCAGGACGAACUUAUGGUAUACGUCCAAAGUCUUGGAGCCGUUAUUGCUGACCGACAGGAUGCUCUGACGGGACAGACAAACGAACUGGUCAAGCAUGAAACCAGGACAUCGCUGAGACAGGCAGAAAGCGGCGAAGGACCAGCUCCAGAGAAACUAAUCGAGCUUAUGAUGUUGCGUGAUCAGAGGAAACCGAACUCGACAUCAAUGCGAAGUAUUAUCAGCAGGUUUCGGGCCUUGACUUCAAAAGUCUCAAAAGAUACAACACGAAACAUUUUGGAGGGCAGAAUUGUAGAUCGACAACUCAGAGCGACACAGGAAGCCAUGAACACACAAAGCAAGCUAGCUCUUGAAGCGGAGGUUGACAACUUCAAAACCAUUAUGAACCUACGGUUGGAGUACUAUCGUCAGUUGCAGGCUGUUUCCGACAGCGUUCUCCCUUACGAGGGCCCUGACGUUACAGAUGUAAUUGAGAAGAAGAUGAAGAAGACUGAGGAUGAUUUUCGUAAAAAGCUUUCUGCAGCGAAAGCCAAACACAGAUACCUUCAACAUCUCAAGGAAGCAGGAGACAAUUCCAACGAGCCACGGAUGUGUGUGAUCUGUCAGACUCCGUUCACGAUUGGUGUUCUUACCGUAUGCGGCCACCAGUUCUGCAAAGAAUGCAUAAAGCUAUGGUUUAAAUCGCACCACAACUGCCCUGUGUGUAAAAUGGAACUGAAGCCUUCUAAUUUGCACGAUAUCACCAUCAACCCUCUGCAGCUCAAAUUGCACGGCGACGACUCAGACCAGGUGCAUGGCGGCACCGAAAAGAACUCGCAACGAAAGCAAAGCGGACUUCAAAGAAAAACAGGGAUUUACUCUGAGUUCAACACAGAUAAACUGGCUGAGAUCCAAAACAUCAAGUUGGAUGGGCCUUCAUUUACUACAAAGGUUGACACUCUUGUCAAACAUCUGAUGUGGCUAAGAGAAUCAGACCCGGGCGCAAAGUCAAUCGUUUUCUCACAGUAUAAGGGAUUUCUGGAAAUUCUGCGAAAUGCUUUUGCUCGAUUCGGAAUCGGGCACGCGUCAAUCGACGAUUCGGGCGGCAUCAAACGUUUUAAAGAAGACGCUUCGGUCGAGUGCUUUCUCCUCCAUGCCAGAGCCCACUCGAGUGGUCUUAACCUUGUCAACGCAAGCCAUGUAUUUCUUUGUGAGCCCCUCCUCAAUACAGCCCUUGAGCUCCAAGCUAUCGCGCGUGUGGACCGUAUUGGCCAAACACACGAGACAACAGUGUGGCUUUAUUUGGUGUCCGGCACGGUCGAGGAGUCGAUUUACAACCUCUCGGUGCAAAGGCGAAUGGAGCACAUGAGUCGUGCCAGUAAGGGAAAAUCGAAGGAGUCUACUCCAGAGCUACUCGAUGCGAAUAUCGAGGCGGCUAACACACUUGAGCUUGAGCAAGCCUCUCUUACACACCUGAUGAGCAAGGACAAAACGGCUGGCGAGAACGUAGAAGAGGAUGACUUGUGGCAAUGCCUGUUUGGGCACGCUGCUCGCGAGGGCAACGAACCCGAGAGGGAUGCAAGGACCUAG